AUGAAAGGUCUCAAGAAGGCCAUGAACCUCUCGAGGUCCAAAUCUACCGAAAACGGCGCUUCGAACCGCGGGACCAACGCUGGUAGCAUUCCCGUCCCACCGCCGAAAGGUGGCUCGGUACCGUCGAAUCCGGCUUACACCGGCUCGCUCAAGCAUGCAAACAGCGCAGGCUCAUCGCCGUCUUCAUCAACCACUUCGCUCAACAGAAAUCAAUCAGCAGAGUCGGGUAGCUACGGGAGGUCGGGAUCUAAUCUCGGUCAACACCAUUAUUCAGCUGGCGGGCCAACGUCUUCGGGCUCGGCAUCCACGGGAGAGCGGAGGGGUGGGUCGACGCUGCCGGACAAGACGUCGCCUGCUCCUCCAAUCGUCGUCGUGUCGUCCGAGAUGCCGCAAGACCCGAUUCCUCACGCUCCUCAUCCACACCCGGGCCAGCCCUCGUCGCCUCCGCCUCCCGGCGCGCAGGUCCCCUCACUAGGAAUGGGGCCUGGAGGACUGACGACAACAGAGGGCGCGACACCGCCCAAGAUCGGAACCCUUAACAGACUUCGACAGGGCGGCAGUGUUGCACAGGGCCCCAAAGAUACCAUCCCAAUCACCAACAAGACACCGCCGAGAAAGCAGCGGAGCAGUCGGUUCCAUGUCACGGAAAAGGUCGAGCUCGAGAAGCUGCCUAAUUUCGGGGAGGUCGUGCCUGCCGACCGGCCCGAGCUUUUUGUGCGAAAGCUGAGGCAGUGCUCCGUCGUCUUCGACUUCAACGAUGCGAGCCAGGAGCUCAAGGGCAAGCAGAUCAAAGCGCAGACGCUCCACGAGAUGCUCGAUUAUAUCACCAGUCAACGAGGCGUCAUUACCGAGCAGAUCUAUCCGGAGGUCGUCUCGAUGUUCUCGUCGAACCUCUUCCGGUCCAUUCCGCCUCAAGUCAAUCCCACCGGCGACGCCUUUGAUCCAGAGGAGGACGAACCAGUGCUCGAGUUGGCAUGGCCUCAUUUGCAGAUCGUCUACGAAUUCUUCCUUCGCUUCGUUGAGUCGCCAGAUUUCAAUACCAAUGUCGCGAAGCGCUUCAUCGAUCAGCACUUUGUCCUUCAGCUCCUAGAGCUCUUCGACAGCGAAGACCCGAGGGAGCGCGACUUCCUCAAGACGACGCUGCACCGCAUCUACGGCAAGUUCCUCAACUUGAGGGCCUUCAUCCGCCGAUCGAUCAACAACGUCUUCUUCCAAUUCAUCUACGAGACAGAGAGACACAAUGGCAUCGCCGAGCUACUCGAGAUCCUCGGUUCCAUUAUCAACGGCUUUGCCCUGCCGCUCAAGGAGGAGCACAAGACGUUCCUCACGCGAGUUCUAAUCCCAUUGCACAAAGUCAAGAGCCUGGCCCUCUACCACCCUCAGCUGGCGUACUGCGUCGUUCAAUUCCUCGAAAAGGACAGCAGCCUGACGGAAGAGGUGCUUCUGGGGCUGCUUCGAUACUGGCCCAAAGUCAACAGCCCGAAGGAGGUCAUGUUCCUCAACGAAGUGGAAGAGAUUCUCGACGUCAUCGAGCCGGCCGAAUUUGUCAAGAUUGAGGUCCCUCUGUUCCAGCAAUUGCAGCGGUGCAUCAAUUCGCAGCACUUCCAAGUCGCCGAGCGGGCCCUCUACUUCUGGAACAAUGAAUACAUUGUCAAUCUCAUAGGUGACAAUGUUCAGGUCAUCUUGCCCAUCGUCUUUGCGGCUCUCUACCAGAACUCCAAGAGCCACUGGAACAGAACGAUCCAUGGCCUCGUCUACAACGCACUCAAACUCUUUAUGGAGAUCAACCCAAAUCUCUUCGACAUGUGCACGAACGACUUCAAACAGCAACGACAAAUAGAACGACAGAAGCUCAAGGCGCGCGAUGAAGCAUGGAAGAGGUUGCGAGACUCAGCGCUGGCAAACAGUGCCAAGAUUGGAGCGACGCCUCCAAAGAACCUGGCAGAUGAGGAGCAGGCCCCAAGAUCAAGCACUGCAGAGCUUUUGAGUCUUUCGGACAGCGACUCGGUUGGAUCAAUUGGUGAUCUUGGGCCAGGGGACGACGGGGAGGAAAGUACGGCGAGAGGAGGGAGCUUUUUAGAAGCCAUAAACCCAAGUGUCGGCAGCGGCCUGGGUGCCAAUGGCGACAAAUCGGCGGGGCAGGAUUUUGAGGAUGCGGGGGACGGACUGCCCGAGGCUGGCACCCAAGGUCCGUUGACCCCGCGAAACACUGACGACACGGUAGGUUGAGGGAUAGAGACAAGAUAUAAGAAAAUGGAAGGGAUGGCUAAAGUGUAAGGAUGGACAACAGAAGCGCUUUGUCUCCCUUAACAAGGAGCAAGCUACCAACGAGACAUCGCCUCAUGUCCGU